AUGGAGCUGGAUCCGCAAUCCCUAAUAGCUCAACUCGAGGUCGGCGCCAACACACGCGAUCAGCUCGCCGCGCUCCGCUACCUGAAGAACGAAGUGGUUGGCCAUCUCCAAAAGAAAGAGCAAUGGGUUCAGCACGGCGUGGUCGCGCCCCUUGUGAACAUCAUAGCAUCCGAUGCGCCCGGAUCCGAGGGCGAGGGUCUACAGCAGCCCUUCUUGUCUCUGGGCGCUUUCACCGACGAGGAUACUGCCAAGCUACACGCCCUCCAACUGCUUGCGAGCUUUGCGAACGCCGGUCCUGCAUUCCUCCCGCCACUGCUUGCCAUCGGCGCUAUACCUGCUAUAAUGAGCACCUCUUGUCUUCGAAAUGAACAUUCCCAGAUCGUAUUGGCAGCUCUCCGGGUAUUACGGGAUGUCACAGCUGCCAUACCGUUUAUCGCGCCCCCCUCGCCCAUGAUCUCCAGCUCUUUAGCCGAUACCAUAUUCACCAACGGCCACCUGGAAUUGUUCUCGCAGAUCCUUGCCCCGCCGGCGUCGAGCCCAGAUAGCGAAGCCCAGGUAUCCAUCGUGGCAUACCUGAUUCGAAGUCUUUGUCGAGGUGAACACCAGUCUGCUUUGGUAGGAAGUGGGAUACUUGAUGCUCUUGCCACGAGGCUGGCAAGUUUCGCUGUUGCCGAAGGACAAGUUCUCCCCGGAGCCGAGAUCCUCGCUGCUGCCGAAGACCUUUACGAUUAUAUACCAGAGCCCGCAACCCCUGCUGGAAGUUUGGAGGAGGUAUUGGGGGCCAUCGCCGUCAUCAUAACCGACUCGCCUUUCCGAACCUGCAAACUACUCUUUUCGCCCUCCAUCUUGGCUAUAUUUCCCAAUGUCAAUGUUGAUUUGGGCAAGUACUCGAGGACACCACCAGAAUCUCUCGAAUUGCCGGGGUUGAGACCUAUCAGACAGAGGGAGAUAGAGUUUAUGGAUCUGCUGCUUCCUUACGUGCCAUCUCAAUUGCGCGGCCAGACCGGUCACGCAUUCCCCCCUCUCGGCACAUCGACUCCGAAGGAGAAUUCCAACCUCUACGGCCGACCCUCUUCCAAGCUUCAGACAAGUAUAGUGUCGUGGUCUCCACCAGAAGAAAGCUUCGCCGCCAGCGAUAAUGACUCAGGUAAUGCCGAGAGCCCAAUGUUGCCAUGGCUCAUCAACCUCGUUCGCACUCGGAGUGGCGGCGAAGUGUUGGCGGCCGCUUCGGUAUUGACUUCUCUCUUUAAGGCAGGAUUUGCCUAUAAGACCAGGGAGCCCAGUCUGGGUCUGUUGGUUGUGCCAGUCCUUCUGACUCUAUUAAAUGAUGUCGAGGCGAAGAUGAAGGACGUUGACAUCAGCAACCGGAACCAUGACACAGCAUCUUCUUUGCGCAUUAUUGAGGAGACACCCGCCUUGUUAGCUCGCCUCAUCACUGACAGCGAGCCACUCCAGAAGGCCGCGUUUGACUGCGGCGCUGUCAAGGUGAUAUCCAAGCUUCUCAAAGGCAGCUACGACGCCCCUCUUCCAACCACCCAAGCGCGUCCUUGGUCGCCGCGAGUCAAAGAUGCAAGUACCAGAGGAAACAUUCCCGCAGAAUGCCAACUGGGCGAAGAAGGACCUCAUCAACAACUCGUGCAUCGCAUUAAAGUGAGGGAAAACUCGUUGAUGGCCCUUGGUGCGCUCGCAACAUUCACAGAGGAGUACCGCAAAGCUAUCAUUGACCAGGACACGAUAUCAUACAUUGUCGAUUCUUUAGACCCAUCUUCAAGGGCGUCCAAGCUAUACGUUGACCAGGCGAGGUCAGACUCUACCAAAAAGGUUCCCCUGGAUUGGAAUAUAAAUCCGGUGUCCGUGGUCGAGGCAGCGUGUUACACAAUCCGGAUGCUAUCCCGCUCAGUCAACAUUCUUCGCACCGCUCUAGUCGAUCACGGGGUCGCGAUUCCCAUCUUCCAGCUACUUCGACAUCCUGAAAUCGAUGUGCAGAUCGCUGCCACCGCCUCAAUUUGUAACCUAGUCACUGAUUUUAGUCCUAUGCGAGAGCCACUGGUCCGGGCUGGAGUAUUGAAAGCCCUGUGUGAACAUGCACAUUCUCAAGUCUCCUCCCUGAGACUGAAUGCAUUGUGGGCUCUGAAGCAUCUGGUCGAUUUUGCGAGCAUUGAACUCAAGAAGAGAUGCGUAGAGGAGCUUCAGUCUGGAUGGCUGGUCCAAUUAAUCUGCGACGAUACUGAGGAUGAGGCCCUGUUCGCGGCAAAGGCUAAGACUGAUAGGCAAGCAGCUCAAGGCAUUCUGGACGACAUGGACGAGGAUAUGGACAUGGGUCCUGUGGACAACUAUAGUCGACCCUGGCUCUCGACCUCUUUCUAUAAGCCGCCGUCUGCUGGUCAGGCACAAUCUGACAUACGAAUACUCCAGCUUGCAGAGACCCGACUUUCGGUUCUUCAAGAAGCAGAACUCAACCCUAUCCGCAAGGCAAGGCAGGACGACUUAUUGAUCCAGGAGCAGGGUCUUGGCUUGAUUAGAAAUCUAAUCGGCGGGGCUCACUCAAGUAACAGCGCAGAGUCAGCAAAUGACACAACAGAGAUGAUCGAUUUUUUGUUCAACACUCUGGGCCAAGAUCGACUCUUCGAUAUAUUGGGGUCCAAGAUGAGAGUGAAGGUUCUUCAUCCGUACAGCCGGCGAAGUGCGACGGGUAGCGAGACCCGAGUGCUGCCCCCUCAAGCCAAGAUUAUCGAGGCUGUGAUCUAUAUACUGGUUCACAUAGCCGCUAGCAUUCCGCGGCACCGGCAGCUUGUCAUUGCGCAGACAGAACUGCUUCAGCAACUGGCAAAGUUGUUCAGCAGCCAAGAUAGGGAAGUGCGAGUGGCGCUUUGCCACCUGAUCAAUAACCUGACAUGGCAGGAUGAUGGUAGCGACCAGCACGCCUGUUCGCAACGGGCUUCUGAGCUCAGAAAGUUGGGUUUCUUGGCCAAGUUGGAGACCCUUGGUCAAAGUGACGACGAAUUGGACGUACGCGAGCGUGCUAAAUCUGCGCUGUGGCAAAUGAAGUCUGGGUAUUAG